AUGGCUUGGGCCGACAUCCUUCAUGAAGCUACGCGACGGCCGCCAUCUCCACGAACCGAGAAUGUCUACUACCACACUUGCUUCGUCUAUAGCCCACAAAAUCCUUCGAAACGAUACCCCCCUAUUAUUGCGUACUUGUCCCGUUGCGCUGGUGUUCGGAUACGGGAGAUUGAUCUGGACUGGAAGAAGAACCCUCGUAUUGUGGUAAACGACUUGAUCGUUAAUCAGACUAUGAGUCAAUCCGACUUUGAAGAGAUCCUGCGGCAGGCUAUACACCAGUCCGGUGAAGAAAAUACGGGAAGUCGAAAUGACAACGACUAUGCACGUCAGCUCCUACUUCACUUCCAACCCACGUUCGGCCUUCAAUCAUUCGCACGGACGACAUCAGAUAUAUACCUCGUGACUUUAAAAUCUGGAACGGAAGAUGAUCUGUGGGAACCCGAUCCUCCGUCUUACGACCCGCCCUCGAGCUGCUCCAUGCUUACUUCCAGUCGGGCCCGUGAAAUUCGCUUGUCAUGGCGACAACAUACUGCAUAUAUUCAGGAAGAUACCGCUCCUCUCCCAUUCAAUAAUUCCGGUAAUACGCCAAUCCAGGCCCUUUCCGAUUCCGACGUUCUCAACCGGGAUGUUAUGUGGACAGAGGUCUCCAUGCGUGAAAACGAAUCUUGGUGUCUCUUCAACGCUGCGAAGCUUUUUUCAGCGUCUUCUCAAGGGCGUCGGCGGCGGUUGUUUUUCACCGGGCUAACUCAUGAGCCUUGGCUAUCGAAUUCGAUCUCGGUUUCAAACGGGUUACAAAAGCAGUUUUUGAACGGAUGGUAA